AUGUGUACUGUUUGUUUGACGGUUUCUGGUGUCUCGUUCGAGCCCUCCACCCUCUACUGUAAUCUCCUCGACUACGGAUAUUUCCAACCAACCUCCUACGGAAGCCAGUUUUAUGCCUUCUCGACUAUCCCUCCCGCCACCAAGCAGCCCAGUAUAACAACUAGCCGCUGCAGCAUGACCUGUCCCGAGGCCAAUGGUCAAAUCUAUGUCAGCCUAUACGGUAUCUCUAAUAUCUUUCUAUCGAGUCAGCAUCGAGUCAGCCGCUUACAAGAUAACCAGACUUUCUACAUGUGCUAUAGAAUGCGCCACUACACGCCUUAUCUCAACAUCGAGUCGGUUUCAACCCUUGAAAACUGCAUAGAUCUCUGCUAUGCCUCCGCUUCAUGCAGUAGUGUCGUCUUUGACCAGACCGAGAUUACAUGUUACCUUAGCAGCAAUGACAACCCGCCAACUUACAAAGCUAGCCGCUUUGCCAGCACGCACUCUCGAUUGAUUGGUAUAGAGGACGAGAUAGACGGAUGA